AUGUGCACGAGCUUCAGCACAGAGUGUCUGGAGGCGCUGAAGGCCCUCUCGCGUAGCGUAAGCCGCGUCUUCAAGAACGCUGCUGCUCCCUUCGGGCGUCGUUGGUGGGAGCAAAGUGCCAAGCAACAGCAAACAGAGUGCCAGGCGAAAAGAUCUGGUGGCCGCAAUGUUUUCGAACACCAUCUGUUUUGCCUUUUGCCAGGUCGCCCAGGCAAUGUCCCUUGCUCGUCCAUGGGACCCGCCCGUGCCGGGAAGGUCAUCCUCCUGGACUGUGAACUGUGA